AUGAUUGAGCUUCAGCGCGAAGCGUCCAUCUGUCGUCCCGAAGUGGGCAAUCUGGUGGAUGUGGGGCCCAGUGGAGCGGCGCUCGGGGCCACACCCCGCGCUCAGGGGCCCGUAUCGGGGUUUGAGGCCGGUCCGGCGGUGGCGCGGAGUGAGGCGGGCUCAACGCCUUCGACCCGCCCACCCUUGAGCCAGUCCCAGAAUCCGGCUCCGAACCCGCCCAUGAGCACGGAGGAGCAAGACCGAGCCAUGGCCAUCGCCUUACAGGAACAAAUGAACAUGGAAGAUAACGAGGCCUUUGCCGCGCAUCAAGCGGGCUCCGGAUUCUACUCGGCCGGUCAGGUGGUGGUGGCGCCCGCCAACAUGCUCGGCAAGCUUACUGUGACUGUGGUGGAGGCCAAAUUGGCCAAGAAUUAUGGCAUUGCUCGUAUGGACCCGUAUUGCCGGCUCCGCGUGGGACACAGUGUGUUCGAGAGUCCCACGUGUCCCAACGGGUCCAAGGAGCCCAAAUGGAAUAAAACGUUUCACAGCUACCUCCUUCAAGGCAUCAAGCACAUGGAAAUUGAGAUUUACGACGAGUGCACAUUCCAGCAAGAUGCCUUGAUAGCCACCGGUACAUUCCCUAUCCCGGACACGGUCCUCAAGAAUCACGAGGUGGUCGACGAGUGGCUGCCGCUCUCGGGCAACGAAGGCCCCGACAAGGAGGGCAUCAUUCACGUCAUCAUGAGCCUACAGCCCAUACAACCCGGCCAAAGUCUGGGUGCGGCCGUGCGGACCGCGCCCAAUGUGGCCGCCGGGCACAAGCCCAUGACAUAUCAGACGGUGCCCAACUCGAGCCAACCCGCCCCGGUCAGAAGACCCCCUACGCUUUCCAACGAGGAGCUGGAUGAAUUUGUCAAAAUGUUUCCCAAUCUGGACCAGGAUAUUAUCGCCUCCGUGUUUGCCUCCAGUCAGGGCGAUAAGGAGGUCACCGUGAAUAACUUGCUGCAGUUGAGCCAGAGUUAAAACUACCAGUCAAUCUAUCAACUACUCUUGGAUCAAGCAACAACAGGAUGUCCAAGCUCCUGUCGUUGAUGGUUGUUGACCCUAAAUCGUUUGAGUGCUCCGUGGGAUCAUCUGGAUUCAGCUCGAGUUGGAUCCCAUCUGCUAUCUAGUCGACUCUGAAAAUGAGGUCCAUUGUUGAAAGAACGAAAGAAGGAUAUGAGAAAGUUUCCCCACGAUUCCAUCGACUAAAUGAACUUGAAAGAGCGAAUGUUUCACGCGCAAAUCCUGUUUUGUGACACGCUUUUGCCCUAUUUUCCUUCCUCGGUAUCGUUUGCCACUCACUCUUUCCUCUCCUCUUCUCGAUUCCCAGAACCACCAUCACCCCAACAACUAUCGCUACUCCCACAAUUACGAUUACUACGAUUAUUACUAAUAUCAAUAUCACUACUUAAAAUAUCGACCAUGUCACCGAUUUAUGAUCUAGUUGUGAGCUCUCGUCAUGUCUUGGUUUCACCGAAAUACAUUUUCUUACAAUUUAACCAA